GUGCACCGGGACACCAUGGACAUGGACGGGGUCCCCUCCGACUCCAACCGCCGACUCGUCCCCGUCAACAUCUUUUCAGCGCCACACGACCACAAACUAAAAACAGAGCACGUCCGGACCGGACCUGAACACAUCGUUCUCGUUCCAGUUGGUACGCACGGAUCCCGCUCUCGCCGCACCCUGCCUCUGCUUGGUCCAGAAUCUCCGAACUGCCGUGCCCGUCAGCUACUGCGGUGUCCACCACAACCCGGCCCUCCGCAGCCACCGGAGCUCGGAGAUUCCCCACAGGUGAAUCCACAGCCACUCCAGCAACCGGUGAAUAUACCGGAUUACCGGGCGGCGACUCCCCCCUCUCGUCAGCCUGAGCACCCACCGCCCAGCCGCGACGGCGCGCUCCACAGAAGGUCCUCGGCGUCUUCACGAAUGCAAGUGGCCAUCGCGCACGCGGCGCUGUGCCCACGCCCAAAGGCCCACCGCGCCACGUUCGGCUGCCCGGCGGCACGCGCGCGCCACGUACCGAGAGGCCUCUCCGGCGGUGGCGGCGCCAAAUGGUGCGCCGCGGCUGCCGCGGGCAAGGGGGCGCGCGACGUCCCACCGGGGUUCGCGGACGCGCGCCCUGUGGUAGCUGCUGAAGGGACGCGCGCGGCGGGACCGGACGCCGUCGCGGCGGCAGCGCCGCCCCGCGGCGCGAGGAGAGGGAGCGUGGCCGGCGCCGUGGCGCUGAUCGUCGGGACCAGCAUCGGGUCCGGCAUCCUCGCCGUGCCGCAGCGCACGGCGCCCGCGGGCUUCAUCCCGAGCGCGGCGUGCAUGGUCACGUGCUGGGCGUUCCUGGUGGCGGAGGCCCUCCUCAUCGCGGAGAUCAACGUCCACCUGCGCCGGAGGCGGGGCAAGGACGUCAGCUUAUACGGCGGCGGCGGCGACGGGAACCAGGACCUGGAGGUGAUCUCCGUGAAGAGCAUGGCGCAGGAGACGCUGGGCGCGUGGGGCGGGCACGUGGCCACCGUCGCCUACCUGUUCCUGUCCUACACCUCCAUGGUCGCCUACGCGUCCAAGUCCGGCGAGGUGCUGUCCCGCCUGGUCGCUGGCGUGCCCGAGCCCGUCGCCGGCGCCGCCUUCACCGCCGCGCUCGGGCUGCUCGUCGCCGGCGGCGGCACGGGCGUCACAGACCGGGUGAACCAGCUGCUCACGUUCGUCAUGAUAGGUUUACUGCUGACGAUUGAGGUAUCAGCAGUGGCGAUCGGCGGUGGCCUGAGCCUGCCAGCGAACGCCAACUGGGAGCAGGUCCCGGCGGCGCUGCCCGUGAUCAUCUUCACGCUGGUCUUCCACGACAUCGCACCAGUGAUCUGCGCGUACCUGGAAGGGGAUCUCGCGAGGAUCCGGCUAUCGAUACUCGUCGGCAGCCUCGUGCCGCUGGUGUCCCUGCUGGUGUGGGACGACAUCGCGCUCGGCCUCGCCACGGACCUCGGCGGGUUUGACGUUCAGGACAUGUUAAAGGCAGAAUGGAGCUAUACCGUGGUGGAGACUUUCUCGCUGCUCGCCGUCGGGACGUCCCUCAUCGGAACGCUGCUUGGGGCUUCUCAGUUCUUCAUCGAGCAGAUGACCGACCUAGUGUCUUCAUCAACCAAAGAACAUGUAAAUAUAAAGGAAAUGAUCAACAAAGGCAUCGAUGCAUUUCGCAAGAAAGAUGGAUCCGGGCAUCCUGGUGUUGGUGUGGUAGCAAUUCUGGAGAAGAACAGGCUCAGCUACAUCGCCACCGGAAUCGUGGUUGUCCCGACCAUAGUCAUCGCAGCUACCGUCCCAAAUUCAUUCUCCAUAGCUACUGACAUCGCGGGAGGAUACUGCAUGACCAUCCUGUAUGGUGUUCUCCCUCCACUGAUGGCCUGGGCUAUUGGCUCCAAACUGUCUGGCAAAAGUGCCGGACUUGCAGACGGAGAGCUGUUGGAAGAUAACAGGGAGAGAGUGGACUUGACCAGUGCAAAGCCUGUUCUCGUUGGGAUGGGUGUGUUCUCUGUACUCAUGGUCCUCGAGCAGAUGUCGCAGGACUUCUUCAGUUUCAAAGCUGCUCUCGUUCCAUAGGCUAGAUCAAGAUUCAGGAAGCUUAGUUUGUGCCGCCAAUGUUGAUCUCGCGUUAACUAGGGAUUGAUGCAAGACUGUUAGGCUGGCCAUGUAAAUAGCAGUAGUAUGCAAUACAUGAAGGGAUUAGUCAAUGUGUUAGCAGACUGCCAGUUUGGCCUGUGUUCUUUACCGCUGAGCCAAUUGCACUGCUGCUUACGAACCGUGGUCUGAGACUCGAAGCUACUCUCUGUAAUUAAUGAGCGUAAAAACUGUGCCCAAGAUAAAAAAAAAUAGUUUGCAGGUA